UAUGGCAAGGCAAAGACUCAACGUGUCCUCAGCCCUUGAGCUGGGCUCACAGCUCUCUGUGCUCAUCUCAGAACUGCUUCAGGUCCUAGGGGAUCCUGAGGAGACCCUCAAGGCAGUGAGGAGUAACCCUGACCUGGUUGAUGCAGUCUCCUUGAAGAUCCUCUUACGGGUCCAAGAAUUCCUUCUCCAGGUCUUUCAGCAGCCCCAAGACAGGGAGGCAAGAUGGUACCAAAUGCUCCCCAUCCUUAACUUUGCCCUUCUUGCUUCAGAGGACCUGCAGAGCUGCUGGCUGAGUGAUGCCAAUCUGUCCCUCUCCCUGCCCAUAUCUGUGGAAGGCAUUUCUCUCUUUCAGCCUUUCUUGGCACUCUCUCCCUUGGGCCCUGGGAGAGCCCUGGCUCAGGGCCUCAUGGGUGUACAUCGCUGCCUUUGGGACCUUGGCCGUGAGAAGCUGGAUGGGAAAGCCAGGGCCAUCCUCUCAUCCGUGAGCCUUAAGGUUAGCUUGCUGCUGGUGACUGGCCUCAUCUAUCCCAUCUUCUUCGUGUCCUUCAAGCAGAUGACCCUGUGGAUCCAGAACUAUGCCCGGAACCUCAGGGCAAGGACUGAGGCUCUGAAGCAUGAACGGAGGCUGGCUGAAAACCUCCUCCACCAGAUGCUGCCCAAAUCUGUGGCAAAGCAACUUCGGAGACACAGGCAUGUUGAGGCUGAGGACUAUGAGCAGGUGACCAUCUUCUUCUCGGACAUUGUGGGCUUCACCAGUAUUGCUGCCUCCUGCACUCCCCUGCAAGUGGUGGACAUGCUCAACAACCUGUAUGUCUGCUUUGACACGAGGAUUGAGUCCUAUGAUGUCUACAAGGUGGAGACCAUUGGUGAUGCAUAUAUGGUGGUAAGUGGGCUACCUGAAAGGAAUGGGGAGAAGCAUGCCGAUGAGAUUGCUAAAAUGGCGCUGGACCUGGUGGCUGCUGUGCGCCAGGUCCUGAUCCCCCACAUGCCCGGGGAGAAGCUGCAGCUGAGGGCUGGAAUCCACACAGGCCCCUGUGUGGCCGGUGUGGUUGGCUACAAAAUGCCCCGCUACUGCCUCUUUGGAGACACAGUCAACACAGCGUCGAGGAUGGAAUCUACCAGUCUGCCCCAAAAGAUUCACAUCAGCUCCGCCACCUACCAGACCCUCCUGACGGAUGACGCGUAUGAAAUUGAGCUUCGAGGAGAGAUUGACGUCAAGGGCAAAGGAAAAAUGAAAACCUACUGGCUCCUGGGGAACAAGAAGUACGGUGUUCAGAACGACAGCCUGGUGUGCCACUGGUGGCCUUCCCAUAAUGCCUCUGGAAACAAGAUGGCAGAGAGCAGCCCAUGCUUGGGCCUGGCUUCCAGUGCAAUGGGAGCUGCCCUGGGUGAAGCCCCUGAAACAGCCUCCUCAACAGAAAAGGUCUCAUCUAGCAAUACCACAAACCCCUCUGAGCUGAUGGGGCAGCCUGGGGGUGAGAUGCCCCAUAGACCCAUACUAGGUGAUGGAGCCUCCCUCCUGGCAUCCCCUUCUCCUGGCCAAAGCACCCCUGUAUGCCCGAGGAACAGCAGCCAGGGGCACCUAGGGAAGGACAAAUUCCUGCCCGGUUUCGUGGAGGAGAUGGAAUAAACCCAAUGGAUUGGCCUUCCCAGGAGCUGGACUUCAGGGCUAUCUCUUCAGGUCUGUGGAUGGGCCACUGACCCAAGGGCCAAAGCCUGGACUCAACACAAGGAGAAGGAUCUGAGGACUAAACUCUGGAAGCUAAAAGCAGCCUUUGGUGCCAACUGAGACCCCUUGUCUGUAACCUCAAACUCUAUGAGCUCCUUUGGGAGUGAAGGGUAAAAAGGGGCAGUGAGCAGGACUUGGUCUGGAGAGCUACACCUGGGAAUAAUGGGCUUAUGGAGUCUGACCUGUAAGGGAGCUUAGAGACCAUUUAGUCCAGGAGUCCUUACCCUGGGAUGGACUCUAGGAGUCUCUAAAUUUGGAUGGGAAAAAUUACAUCUCUAUUUUUACUAACUUCUAACUACAAUUUAGCAUUUCCAUCAAUUAUGAAUUUUAAAAAAAACCCAUUAUUCUAGCAACAGGUUGGUGGAUUUUAGCUGCUAAAGACAUACACAAAGGGUAAGAACCCCAGAUCCAGUCCAUGAUGCUAUUUUACAAAAAAAGAAACUGAGGCUCAGAGGAGUGAACUGAUUUCCCAAGGUGACUUUGGUACAAUCCUCUGGGUCUCAGAUUCCUCAGCAGCGCCCUUCUGAGAUCUUUUCUUCCACUCUAAAAUGGGGAUAAUAAUAGCACCAACUUCACAGGGCUGUUAUGAGUAUGAAGGGAGAUAACCUAUGUUAAAUGCUUCACAAACCUUAAAGUAAUAUGGAAAUGUGUUAAAAUAGUAAUAAUAAUUAUUAGUAGCAGUUGUGUUAGU